GAUGGAUUUUGUAGGCAACUCUAAGAAAUAGAAAGUAGUGAAAUGGGUGAAACUGUGGAAAGAAGCACCACCCCAGUAACACAGGCACCUGACUCUAUUGCACCAACUCCGCCAAUUUCAGCCCCUCCCUCACAGUUUCACUCGCAGUCUUUGUCUCGAUUCCCAUUCCUCUCCACCGCCGACGACGAAAUCACAAGCAUAAGCACCCCAAAAGCCUCUCGAACUCCACGAUUCGUUACUCCUUUGGGGAGCCCAAUCAGGAGGGCUCUCCACCUUACAAAGCUUGACCCUCAAGAUGCUUGGCUCCCAAUCACCGAGUCCAGAAACGGCAAUGCUUACUACGCUGCCUUUCACACUCUAUGUUCUGGGAUCGGGAUUCAAGCCCUUGUGCUUCCUGUUGCCUUCACUAUUCUAGGGUGGACAUGGGGAAUCAUAAGCUUGACUCUAGCAUUCAUUUGGCAACUUUACACCCUAUACUUGCUGGUGGAACUUCAUGAAUCAACCGAAACCGGCCUGCGCUACAGCAGAUAUAUGCAACUUUGUAGCGCAACUUUUGGUGAUAAGCUAACGAAGUUGUUAGCUGGAUUUCAAAUCCUUUACCUAUCAGCAGGCACAUGCGUGGCCCUGAUCAUUAUCGGAGGAUCGACGUCCAAGACGUUCUUUCAGAUUGUGUGCGGGGCCACGUGCGCAGCAGAUCCGCCGCUAACAACUGUGGAGUGGUUCUUGGUGUUUACAUCUGCCGCAGUUGUUUUGUCUCAGCUGCCCAACUUGAACUCCAUUGCCGGGGUGUCAUUGAUAGGUGCUGUCACGGCUAUCGGCUAUUGCACGCUGAUAUGGGUCCUGUCAGUGGCCAAGGGAAGUCUGCCCGGUGUGUCCUACAAUCCAGUGCAAGCAAAGACGCAAAUUGCUCAGGUUUUUAGUGUCCUAAAUGCACUGGGGAUCGUUGCUUUUGCUUUCAGAGGCCACAAUCUUAUUCUUGAGAUACAGGCCACAAUGCCUUCAAGCGAAAAGCAUCCAUCACGCGUGCCAAUGUGGAAGGGCGUGAAACUUGCAUAUCUGCUAAUAGCAAUAUGCUUAUUCCCCCUUUCAAUAGGAGGUUAUUGGGCAUACGGUCAAAUGAUACCGGAAAAUGGGGGCAUGCUAACAGCCUUGUACGCGUUCCAUGGGCGGGACACCUCGGAGUUUAUCAUAGGAUUAACAAGCUUUUCUGUCAUAAUUAGUGCUGUGAGCUCGUUCCAAAUCUAUGGCAUGCCAACGUUUGAUUUCAUUGAGUCCAUGUACACUAGGAGGAAGAAGCAGGCAUGCCCGUGGUGGCUCCGGGUAAUUUUCCGAGCAAAUGUCGGAUACUUCAUGUUCUUUGUCGCCGUGGCGCUGCCAAUAUUCUUGGGAAGCCUAGCGGGUCUAAUAGGAGGGAUCGCAUUGCCAGUAACCUUAGCUUAUCCAUGUUUUAUGUGGCUCAAGAUUAAGAAGCCGAAGGUGUACAGCCUAACUUGGUGGCUUAACUUGGGACUAGGGGUCGUCGGAAUGGCAUUAAGCGUGGCUGUGACAGCCGCCGGAGUGUAUGUUGUAAUUGAAACUGGUGUUCAGGUGAAAUUCUUCAAGCCUCAGUAAUGGGGUUAAUUGUAAGGAAUAGAAUUAAGCCUCAGGAGUCAGUGAUAGACAUCAUGUAUUUGUAACAUGUGUGCAUGUUUGUAUAAUUAUUUCUCUAUAGCCUGCGUGCGAUGCAUUUGCAUGAAGAAUCGGACCAACGUAAGGGCGACUUAAAUGCCUAACGUUACAGUUUUUCCAUAGCCUUAGAACAAUGGUAUUAUUGUAAAUCGAAAUGCAUAAGGUACAUUAUAAAGUCACUUUUUUUAAGGAA